GCACAGUACUACGGACUACUGCUGAGCCGUGUGCGCAUGCGCGGUGACGCUCCACACCGGUCACUGGCUGGACUGAGGCUGCCGCUGCCGCUGCGUAUGCGCACUGGAGCUCUCCUGUGGGUGCUGCUGCUGUGAUCUGUUGUCCAGACUUGAGGACGGAGCAGAGCGGGUGAGGUAGCUGUGUGACCCCGGGUGCAGUUCUCACAAAACAAUAAAGAAAAUUCCUACGGCUGAGCCAGUCGCCAAGGAUCAUGUCCGACUCUGGACACAGCCAGCCCAGUAUGUACGUCCCUGGGCGUGGUAGGAGGCGUCGCUGGAUGGACCAGGGUCCUUCCGGUAACCUCAACCUCUCUGAGCCUGGCCGUGAAAGAGACCCCAUGUUGCGUGACCGCGAUCAGGACAGAUGGGAUGGGAAUGAUGAUAACUGUGGAUACACCAUGCAGAAGACCCCAAUCAUCCUGGCUAAACCAGCCACUGAGCGUCCAAAGACGACCCUGACUCCAGCCCUGGCCGCUCUUGAGAAGCCUAUUGUACUAAUGAAGGCCAGGGAGGAGCCAAAGCCAGCCCCAGCUGCAGAGGGUACAAGCCUAACACCCACUGCGGCUUCCGCAAAGGUGGAGAAAGAAGGGCAGCGCCCCACGCAGCCAGUGUAUCAGAUACAGAACCGAGGAAUGGGCGCUUCCGCCAGUGCCGGGGGUAAUGUGGAUCCUGUGCUCGGCCAGGCAAAGUUAAUGCCUCCGCAGAAGAUGAAACACAGCAUCAAGCUGGUGGAUGAAUACAUGAACUGGUGUGACAGUGCCAUCGAGUUUUUGCUGGAUCAGACCGACGUUCUCGUGGUCGGGGUCCUCGGAUUGCAGGGCACUGGGAAAUCCACAGUGAUGUCUCUUCUGUCAGCUAACUCUCCAGAUGAUGAUCAGAGGUCAUACGUCUUCAGGAUGCAGAGCCAAGAGGUGAGGGAGAGAGCUGGGAACCAGACAAGUGGCAUCGACUUCUUCAUCAGCCAAGAGAGGAUUAUCUACCUGGACACACAGCCCAUUCUGAGUCCUGCGAUAUUGGAUCAUUUGAUAAAUAAUGACCGGAAGUUACCUCCUGAAUACAAUCUCCCACACACCUAUGUGGAGAUGCAGUCAUUACAGAUGGCAGCUUUCCUUUUCACGGUGUGUCACUUGGUCAUCGUUGUCCAGGACUGGUUCACCGACUUCAACUUGUACCGGUUCCUGCAGACAGCGGAGAUGCUGAAACCAUCGACACCGUCUCCCAGCCACGAGUCCAGCGGCUCAUCGGGGGCAGACGAAGGCAUCGAGUACUACCCCCACGUGGUGUUCAUCCAGAAUAAAGCCAAGCGGGAGGAUUUCUGUCCCCGGAGCCUGAAGCAGAUGCACACGGUGAUUGAAAAGCUUAUGCUUCAUUCACGUCUGCGUUUCAAAGGCACUCUCUCCAUGCUGGACUGUAACAUUUUCCCCGGGUUACCGUAUGACUUCCUGGAAUCAGAGGUGAAUUUAUUCCUGAUCCCGGCCAUGGAGAAUGAUGCAGAUGAAGCCGUCUCCAGAGCAGGGUCCACAGGAAACUCUCUCUUCUCACUCCUGCCUGGUUAUAAAGGCCACCCCAAUUUCCACACUAUGAUCAAUAAACUCCGCAGCCAGAUCAUGUCUAUGUCUCGUCCGCAGCUGUCUCACACCAUCCUCACGGAAAAGAACUGGUUCCACUACGCUGCUCGGAUCUGGGACGGGGUGAAGAAGUCCUCGGCGCUUUCAGAGUAUAGCAGACUAUUGGGCUAAUAUUCUAUAUCUACACAUCGAGACCUUGUGUGGUCUUCUGGUAGAUGGGACAAGAGGCCAGGCUUGGGAGUCCUAUUAUAAAGUCUUGCGGGUGUGAGACUUGGCACCUGGCUCCUCCCAAUGUGACCAGAUCAGGGAAGAGCCGGUAUUACUGCUGAUCUGCUGAGGGCAUUACUCUGCAUACGAGUCGUAUGCUGGAAGGAAGGUUUAUUAUCAUGGUGACGGCAUAUUAUGUGACUGUGCUAGUAACUAUUGUCAGCAUGGGAAGUCCUGCCCUAAAGCACAUUUGGCUGUUGGGUGUUGAUGACGGCUGUAAAGGAUAAGCUUGGAAGCGGACGCUGUAAAUGAUUGAGGCCAGAACUCUGUAUUUAGACGGUCUGUGGGAACUACUGGUCCUGCCAGAGUAAAUGAAAUUAAAUUAAAUAGGAGAAGAUUAUGAGGGAAUAUAAAUAUCGCAAAUCUGUUCCAGUCUUUUAUAUGUAAUCAGUGUACAUAAUAAUCACCAGCCAUACUCUACAUUGUUGGAGUCCCCCUUUAAGAAACCAGUAAAUAAGUGGAAAUAUUUCUGUCUGUCAUGACAACAUAAAAUAAAUCAGACUGUUGUGCAUUUCA